AAAUCAUGAUUAGAUAGGAUGAAUGACGUAUUCGUUUACAAUUUUAUACUGUUGGUCUGCGUGGCGCACUUGCUACCAGUUAUUUGGUCUGACAGCACGUCAAACAUGCUCCUGCCUUUAGGAAUUUGUCUCGCUCUAACAAGCUUAAGCUGCGUCAACUGUUUGACGUGCCUCCGUUGCACGGAUAUCGUGGGUCCUCGACACUGCAAGGAAGUGACAGAAUGUUCAUUAGGAGAGGUAUGUUAUGCUCAACAGACAACAAACAGAUAUGGACAAGUGCUUUAUGACUUGGGUUGUACAGAGCCAUCGGUAUGUUAUAAAAUUUACCAUUAGGCAAAAACAUCGAUUAUCAAUGAGUGUG